AUGGCGACACCUGAGGGAUCCUCCCUUAGCGUCCACACUCCGCCUCGAGCAGCUGACUCUUCCCCGCUCCCGGUUAACGAGCUUCGUUCGGCUCGACGAGAACUAGCACGGGCUCGGCGAUCUCUGCGUGAUAUAAGGGAGGCUCUUAAUAAUAUUGUGGACAACGGUACCGCGGAGAAUGAGGAAGUCAUCGAGAAUCUCGAACAUCAAGAAUUGGAGGCGUUAGAUAGGGUCAGCUCCGGUGAAGCCCGUGUCACCGCCCUACAGGAUUUGGUUGAUGCUACCCACAGCGAAGCAACCCGUCAGGCAUCGUCCCUCGGUGGAGUCACGGGACGAGAGUCGCCUUCGAACCCCUCAACUUCGGAAGGUGCGGGGGAGACGACCUUGUCGCCCUCUGUUGGUAUUCCGAGAGAAGAUAGCCGUCAAGAAGAGCUCCGCCCUGAAGAGUCGGCACCAAGGUUCGAGCUCUCUCCCGAUCAGCCUUUCCCCGACGCCUCUCGUAUCGUGUCUGGUAAAAAGGCUACUACUUCGGAGAUCGGUAAGGUUCCAGUUCCGAAGCUGCAGUCGGUUCCAUAUCUAGCCUCGCAUUUGACCUUAGUCGAAGAAUUAUUUGUUGAAGCCAAUGGAGGAGUCCGUUCUACGUCGGGAGUAUUCCAGCCACAUGAUCAUCUGAAGUUCACCUGUUACACCAAGUUGGUGGGAUCUCUCGCUCCCUACCCUGACGUGUCUCGAGCGGCCCAUGAA